GCUGUUUGGGCUGGCUGGGGCCAUGCUUCAGAGAAUCCCAAGUUACCAGAACUACUCCAUAAAAACGGAUCAUAUUUAUCGGCUGCAGUGACACUGGCUAAGAUGGUGCAGUACGCCGCGGUGACACUGGCUAAGAUGGUGCGGUACGUCAGUGCUGGAACGGUGGAGUAUCUUUAUAACGAGGAGACAGAGACGUUCCACUUCCUGGAGCUCAAUCCACGUCUACAAGUGGAACAUCCGUGUACGGAGAUGGUGGCCGACAUCAACCUACCGGCCGCCCAGUUACAGAUUGCUAUGGGUCUGCCCCUGUACCGGUUGAAGGAUAUCAGACAGCUGUAUGAAGUGGAUACCUGGGGGGACAGUCCUGUUGAUUUCUCUAACCCCUCCAUACACCCCCGACCCCGGGGCCAUGUCAUAGCAGCCAGGAUUACCAGCGAAAACCCAGACGAAGGAUUUAAGCCUAGUUCUGGGACUGUCCAGGAGUUGAAUUUCCGUAGCAGUAAGAAUGUGUGGGGGUAUUUCAGUGUGUCUGCCACGGGGGGACUACAUGAGUACGCUGACUCUCAGUUUGGACACUGCUUCUCCUGGGGAGAGAACAGGGAGGACGCCAGAGAGAAUCUAGUGGUGGCAUUGAAGGAGCUCUCAAUCCGGGGAGACUUCCGAACCACUGUGGAAUACCUCAUCAAACUCUUCGAGACAGAGGAAUACCAGAACAACAAGAUAACGACGGGCUGGCUGGACAAGCUGAUAUCUGAGAACGUCCAGGCAGAGAAGCCGGACGUCAUGCUGGGGGUGAUAUCCGGAGCGCUCCACAUCGGGGACCACCAGAUCCAGGAGUGCUUCCAGAUGUUCCAGACCUCGCUGGAGCGCGGACAGAUCCUGCCGGCCACGUCACUCAAAAACCACGUGGAUGUGGAGUUCAUCAGCGAGGGCAUCAAGUAUAACGUCAAGGUGGUGAAGACGGGGCCAAACAACUACUUUAUUUGUAUGAAUGACUCCAUGCUGGAAGUGGAGGCACACAGACUUAGUGAUGGGGGUUUGUUAAUUUCGUUUGAUGGAGCCAGCUUCACUACUUACAUGAAGGACCAAGUAAGCAGCUACAGGAUUACUAUAGGAAACAAGACCUGUGUACUUCAUAAGGAGAAUGAUCCUACCAAACUCAGGUCCCCCUCUGCAGGGAAGCUGUUGAACUACAUGAUAGAUGACGGAGGCCAUGUGUUUGCUGGGGAUGUGUACGCUGAGAUAGAAGUGAUGAAGAUGGUCAUGGAACUCAGGGUCACAGAAAAUGGAUGGUAAAGGAUACAAAUUAGGAAUUUAG